CGUCAACAUCUGGUAGACGAACUGGCUCUUAGGAGUUGCGCGCAAACCUACGGGGCCAGUCUUCCUGAGCGCUUACCACCUUGCUUGCAAAGUCACCGGUACCGCGUACUAUAGUGACUGGAUCGGCAAAACCCGAUAGGGGACCGUGGGAACUAGAGGAAAGUGCGAAAGCGGUGAUAUUGCAGACUUAGCGCUCAAGCGAGGUUCUCAUUGGUGGAAGCUCAGCGCUCAGCGCUCAUGUGCAUUGUCAUGCACUCAGCAUGGUCACUGAUCCUGCAGAUCGGUUUCCCGAUGCAUUAUUGCAAGCAUUGCUAUCGAAUGUGGAACCACGAACAUGUGUAAGUAUAAUUGAAGGGUCAUCCUGUACGUCCAUUCAAUAACAUCUCAACCUCACAACUUGAACACUCACGUUAUGAGCUCUACCAUCGAUGAAACGAUGUUUAAUGAUACUUCUUCUAAUAGCAGCUCAACCUCUCAAGUCCUGAGAAACUUCCCGCUUCCCACUCAUCCCAUUCUGAAUUCAGCGUUCAGAAUCAUGUGCGUUGUUGCAGUCUCUCGGAUGUCCCUCGAACACUGGAGAGACACGCAUAACGAAGAAUGGAAGGAGCAUGUCUCAGUGAUGGUUAAUCGUUUCCAGAACUCAAACGUCACUGCUGGGCUGGUACUCGCAACUACUGCUUUGCUCCUCACAACAAAUUCUCCUGUAACUAGCUUGAUGGUUUUUGACACUGCAGCUUCCUAUGUCUUCGCCAUGAUUUCAUUUAGUGCUGCAUUUCUCAGUGUAAUAUCGGGAGCUGCGGUCGUGGUCAUCUAUGAAACUAGCACUGUUCAUAAAGACAUGGAACACCUCAGAGACAUGUCACGAUGCCAAAUUAUCUGCCUGCUGUUGUGGUUGGGGUACCCCUCGAUUUGUCUGGCAGUCGCCACUUGCUGUUUGUUUGUGUCUCUCUUUAUCGCUUGCUUCUGCUCUGGAAAUGUGCUCGUUCAAGUCAUAACAGCCAUAGGUUGUUCGGCCUUCGUUCUCAAUGGAAUCCUUACGCUCCACGUUUUCAAUUGUGUGCACGAACCGGAUGCCGCAAAACCCUAGAUGUAGUAAAAACUGGUUACGAGUCUACAAAAACCCGCUGACGGCCCGGGUAGAAUGUGUUCUGCGUGCAUUGAAGAUGUAUGAUGACUUCCGGGUCUGGUGUAGAUCAAGGUUUGGAUGACACUGCUAGUACGAUAUAUUAGCUAGUAGACUUGCAACGGGAUCGUCUUUUGCCAUUGGCUUAGUUUCAGUAUGCGCCAAUAGAUGGGCACACGUUAUGAAUCCAAUCACACUACAG